UACCGACAAAUACUACUGACAGUGUAGCUUAAUGAGCAAUUAUGAAAUAAGUCUUUGAAAGUCGCGUUUUUCCUCUUGGCGAAGCUCUGCAUGCCCGAAUUGUUUGUAUACUGAGUUGUAAGGAGAUUCUUCCCUAUUUAGUGUCAUUGGCUGUGUUAGUGUUAGCGGAGACUAGUGGAAUUACCUGGCAGCCAUCUUUCAAUUGUGUCUUUAACCGAAGAUCUUCAAAUAGUGCUUUGCUGAGAAGCUUCAGAAAGAUGAGUAGGAAGAAGUGGGAGGGGCCUGCAAUGUGCUAAAGCCCUUUGAAGAGGUCACUGUUGAAAAUAGUGGUGAAAGAAGGUAUACCUUAGCUGAGGAGGUGCUGGGAAACAGCUCAACAACUAAAGGAAGACCUUAAGGUGAGGUGGAACGUCAUUUUUCCAGGGGACCACACCUCUUAAGCAGCUGGUGCAGUGUAGCAGGCCAUGGCACGUACAAAGCAGACUGCUCGCAAGUCCACUGGUGGGAAGGCACCAAGGAAGCAGCUGGCUACUAAAGCUGCCCGCAAGAGUGCCCCCUCCACCGGUGGGGUGAAGAAACCCCAUCGCUACAGGCCUGGUACAGUGGCCCUGCGUGAGAUCAGGCGUUACCAAAAGUCCACUGAGCUGCUUAUCCGCAAGCUUCCUUUCCAGCGCCUGGUGCGUGAGAUCGCCCAGGACUUCAAGACCGACCUACGCUUCCAAGGGGCUGCCAUAGGGGCCUUGCAGGAGGCCAGUGAGGCAUACUUGGUAGGCCUAUUUGAAGACACCAAUCUGUGCGCCAUUCAUGCUAAACGUGUCACCAUAAUGCCCAAAGACAUCCAGCUGGCUCGCCGCAUCCGUGGGGAACGUGCCUAAUCGCAGGGGUGGACAGUAAUGAAGUACAUUUACUUGAGUACUGUACUUACGUACUUUUUUUCGAGUAUCUGUACUUUACUUGAGUAUUUAUCUUUUUGGAAACUUAUGACUUUUACUCCACUACAUUUGAAAGAUAAAUAUUGUACUUUUGACUCCACUACAUUUCUAUGAAGGUUGUCGUUACUCGUUACUUUGAAGCAUAGCUUUGAAGUCAGCAGUUGAAUCUUUUUUUAUUUUAUAAAAUGCGAUUGGCCACAUGCUGUGUUCCUCACAGGAGAAAAACCAAUCACAGUAGCCUACUCCUAAUAUGCUGUCGGUCAAGUUCAAAGUGCUUGCUUGUUGCACCAGUGAUUGAACAGUUCAGUUUGAACUCGGCGGCGGUAAUGAUGGCGACGGCAGAAGAUAAGGAUGAUUCUUCGCCACCAGAGCACCCAUGGCCAUAUCUCAAGUCCAUGUUUGAGAUUUGUGAAAUUCAAAAAGAUCAUAUUGUUUUAAAUGUUUGCUCUGCUUCCCGCGCACGAACUACAUCGCUGCAUUCAAAAACUCGCCGUCCAACCUGAAAAAGCAUGUCGAGGUAUGUAAACGUUAGCUAACGGUAGCCCGUUUGCUAAUUAUGAAGUUGUCUGAGCUUGUAGUGGUUACAGUUUUUAUGCUAGGAUUGGUCAGAUGAAAUUUUAUGGAAUUUGAGCGAAGGGUCAUCCAACUGUUUCACAUUUCAGGCAAUGCUAUCUAUCAUGUGUUGCUUUCUAAUAACAGUAAAAAUGCAUCUGUAAAUGAGCUUCUGUAAAUGCAUCAUAGAAACAAUACAACAGUCCGUUGGCAUUAAAAAGAAAAUGUACAUUUGAAUACUUAAGUAUUUUUAAAAGCAAGUAGUCCAGUACUUUAACUCAAGUAAAAAUUUGACUGAACAACUUUCACUUGUAGUGGAGUAAUAUUUGACCAGGGGUAUCUAUACUUUGACUCAAGUAAUGGAGUUGUGUACUUUGUCCACCACUGUUUAAUCGCCAAUAGCUACAUUUCACAUGGAGAGAAAAGUCUAUAUUCUUCCAUCUCACUUGGUAGUGAUGAGUGUUAGAUUUAUUCCAUAUGGAAUGUGACUUUGAUAUUUAUGUAGAUACAUUUAAAAUGGGUAAUGGGAGUUUUUUGUUUUUUAUUUUGGGGGGCAGUAGUUUUACAUUUGCAAAUCUAAUGGAUGUUCCAUUAAUUCAUCUGUGGUUGUUUUUUAUUGCACUACCAUGUCAGCAAGCAUACACUAAAAAAUUUGGACAGAGCGUAAUUUUAAGCAUAUUAAUGCCGUGAUUUACAGGAUGUACCAGCAUUUUUUAAAUGAAGCAACUGUUGUUGUUUCUGUACACUAUAUUUUUGACACAAGCAGUAUUAAAUCAUUAUUUCAUUAGAUUGGAAACAAGCACUAGCCAUACUCUUCUAUACCUUUGUGGUGUAAAUGUUGUGCUUUUCUUGAAAUGUUUGCAAUUAAAGCAUAAAGAAGAAAUAUGA